AUGUUUUCACGGUUUCUCAUUCUUGUCACGUUGUUAUCAGCUGUUCACGGGACGUUGACGCCGAAGUCGCGCAAGGAUAAGCGCGACGAUAAGUUCUUUGUGCACAUCAAAACGGGGCCCCAAAACAUUACCGUCUUUGACCGGAAUUUGGUGACGGAAGCGGCCACUCCGAGGGAGGUUUUGCAGAAUUAUCUAGCGUAUUUCAGGGAAAUUGACAAUUAUCAGUUUGAUGGGCUUGUGCUGGGCUACGUGACUCCUUGGAACAAUGAGGGGUACGACAUUGCCAAAAUUUUCGGGAACAAGUUUACGCACAUUAGCCCCGUUUGGUUGGAAAUCAAAAAAUCAAACAACCGGUUUGACUUCAGUGGAACACACGAUAUUGACAAGAAGUGGAUAAUACACGUGAAAAAUGCAGGACGGGAGAGGAAACUUAAAAUUGUCCCUAGAAUUCUCUUUAGUGGUUUGAAUGAGAACCAAAUGAACUCACUCUUCGACCCUAAAGAGCUGAAAUCGUUAAUUAAAACACUGAUAACAACCGCGAAAUCGUACAAUUUCGACGGUUACGUGAUCGAGAUCUGGCCCCAACUCCAGAUGGACAUGAAUUACGACCCCUUGAUCAACCUUGUGAGAACCAUAGGGGACUCCCUGGCCUUAGAAUCCUUAGACACAAUCCUGGUAAUUCCCCCGAAACGGGGCCGCAAUUUGCCCUUCUCGGAGGAUCAUUUCAACGCAUUAUAUGACCAUGUGACUGCAUUUUCCCUCAUGACUUAUGAUUAUUCCAACCCGAGGCGCCCCGGCCCCAAUGCCCCCUUGACCUGGGUCGAAGACUGCAUUAAAACCGUGUCUUCGCAAGAGUCCAAAAGGGGCAAAAUUUUGACCGGUUUUAAUUUCUAUGGAAAUCAUUAUUCUGAAGUCGGGGGAAAACCCAUCCUGGGGCACGAGUUUAUCCGAAAAUUGGAGGAGAAAUUGAAAACUGCGAGGAUGAUUUAUGAUCCACAAAUCGCCGAGCAUUACGUUGAAUACGAGGAAUCGAACGGCAAACAUUUGCUUUUCUACCCCACGUUGUAUUCAAUUCACAAACGCAUCGAACUGUGCAAAAAACUGGGGACGGGGAUUUCCAUCUGGGAGUUGGGACAAGGACUGAAAUAUUUUUACGAUUUGUUAUGAUUUUCCUUUUCUAAAUAAAUUAUUACAACCACAAA